AUGUCGACUCACCAGGGCAACCAUAAAGUCGACAACGAAGGAGAAGAGGCAAUUCCGAGUAGGGCAAGGCUGGGAUCUAAGACAGACGGCGGGAGAAAAAGGGACCACGGUGGACCGGAGCAGCGAGGGGCACGGUCAAGCUGUCCGAACGAGGUGACACCUCAACAUGACUCAAAAAGCCCGCCUGAGGAAAGAUGGAGACGGGAGUUGAAGAACGCCAGCGUGCCGGACAGUUUCACCUCUCUCCCCCCCUUCGAUAUAGAAGAGGCAUGUGAAUGGCAGUAG